AUGCCUUUGCAGAUUCUCUUCGCCGUCGUGCUCGCUACGGUUAGCGCAGCCCCAACUUUGCCCCCGAUGGAUUCCGCGGGAUCUUCCGAAAUAUCCGCGCCAUCCUCGAGACCCACCACGUCGGAGGAUCGUUUCUCAUCAUCGUCGACGAUAGGAUCGACCUCGCCGAUCGCACGACCCCCGGCCUCGUCCGCCAAAGCUCUGAUAUCAGAUAUAAGGACUCCAGCUUCGACGGCAAAACUGACCCAAUGGGUGGCACCACCCUUGGUCUCCCCAAUCGCCGCGGCGCCCAUUCUUUCGCCGAUUCAGGUCUCCCCGUACGCUUACGCGGUACCAGCUCUGGGAUCUCUCGAGCUAGCAGCAGCGCCGUCCACUUACUCGAUCGAACAGCACGGUUAUCGCAUUAUCUACUGA